AUGCGUGCUGUUUCGCUCGCUUUGACAACGGCUACGGCCCUUCUCAGCGUCUCUGACGCUGCUUCUUUGGAACAAUGGAAGUCGCGCUCCAUCUACCAGGUCGUCGUCGACCGUUUCGCCAGAACCGAUGGAUCAACCACAGCGGCCUGCGAUGAACUUUAUCUCUUCUGUAACGGCACAUGGACUGGUCUUAUCAACGGUCUGGAUUACAUCCACGACAUGGGCUUCACUGCCGUACAGAUCAGCCCCGUCGUAAAGAACAUCGAGGAUGACACCGCUGUGGGUGAGGCGUACCAUGGCUAUUACUCACAGGAUCUUUACGCCAUCAACGAGCACUUUGGCACGGCCGACGAGCUCAAGAAGCUCGCCGAUGAGCUCCACAACCGUGAUAUGUACCUCCUAGUUGAUGUUGUCGUCAACAACAUGGCCCAAAAGUUCAACAACACCAUCCCGCCCGACGUCGACUACUCUGUUUUUGAGCCCUUUGACAACCAAGACUACUUCCACCCGUACUGCAACGUCACCGAGUGGACCAACGCGACAAAUUACCAGGACUGCUGGCUCUACCCCUAUGGCGUCGCGCUGGCUGACUUGAAGACCGAGGACGAGAAGGUCGUCGAAAUGUUCAGCUCCUGGAUCGAGGAGCUCGUUGCCAACUACUCAAUUGACGGCCUGCGUAUCGACGCUGCCAAGCACGUCGACCCGGAAUUCUUGCCAACUUUCGUGGCCAGCUCUGGUAUCUUUGCCCUUGGUGAGGUUCUCACUGGUGAGCCCGAGGACUUCUGCCCGUACCAGACCCAAGGCUACCUGCCCGGCAUGCCCAACUAUUUGGAGUACUACCCCAUCAUCGACGCCUUCAACGACGGAUCCAUGAGCGCGAUUGACACGAUGCGUGAGCGCGCUCGUGGAGCUUGCAAUGACACUCUGGCUCUCGGCUCUUUCGUUGAGAACCACGAUAUGCCUCGUUUUGCUCACUACAACUCUGAUAUGGCGAUCGCCAAGAACGCCAUGGCCUACAUCAUCCUCAACGACGGCAUGCCCCUAGUCUACCAAGGCCAAGAACAGCACUACUCCGGCGGCGACACACCCCAAAACCGUGAGGCCAUCUGGCUGUCGGGCUUCAACACCUCGGCCGAGCUGUACAUCACGGCUCAGAAGCUCAACAAGGUCCGCAACACGCUGAUCGGGCUGACCAACACCUCCGACUCGACCUACGUCGACUCCAAGGCCCAGACGCUCAUGACCAACGACAACCACCUGUGCCAGGUCAAGGGCCCUGAGGGCUACCAGAUUGUCAGCUGCAUCGUCAACCACUCGUCCUCGGGCCCGUCCUACGAGCUGUCCAUCGGCGGCUUCACCGCCGGCGACCAGGUCGUCGAGCUGCUGAGCUGCGGCACCAGCACCGCCGACGACACCGGCAACGUCACCAUGUACAUGAACCGCGGCGAGCCCAAGGCCUACGUCCUGCAGAGCCUGCUGUCUGAGAUGCCCGGCUUGUGCAACACCACCACGGACGCCAAGACCGCCUCGGAGGAAGGUGCCGCCGCCGGCAUGAAGAGCAGCCUUGCUGUGGUCUUCACCGUUGCCGUCGCAUCUGUCAUGAUGCUGCUGUAG